AUGUAUGUAGCGACUUUCUCCCUUUACGGGGAUUGGCUUGCGCGCUACGUCGUCGAGGCAUUGAAGGUUCGGUUCAAUGAAAACCUGUUCAAUGAAUCGAAGAUAAAUGCUUACAGGCGCUUCAUCUAUGAUGCAAACAGAAAGAAAGAUGGUUCAAUAAAAUUAGAAGCAAUUAGCGCAGCAAAGAUGGAAGUGUAG